AUGGAAGACCCUAACGUUACUAAGAGAAAGAAGACGCCUCCUAUCGCCAAGAAGGUGAAUAAAACCAGAAGAAAUGCUCAGGCCACUCGAACUUUGCGUGCCUGUGAUCUUUGUAGAAAACAAAAGACAAGAUGUUUUCGGGUUGACGAAAACUCAAACUCAUGCUUGAGAUGUUCCUUUUUAAAUAAACCGUGUUCUUUUGCCAUAACCGCUGGCGGGUUCAGGCUUGAUGGUGAUCCUGGAAUAUCGGGUGCUAGCGACACUAAAAAAUUGGACUUGAUUUACAGCGGAGUCAACGAGAUCCUUAGACUAAUCAAAAGUAAGGGCCCUGGAGUUGUUAAUGACAAUGAUGCCAGGCUUCUUCUUGAGGCCGCCAAUACUAUGAAGGAUACUUCUAUACCUCCAGGAAACAAUGGCGAAGAGCCUGAUCAUGAAAAGAUGGUUACCAACCCUAUUGAUUUGGAGAACCAGUCGACAUUCCAAUCUCCAACCAAUUCACUUGAAAUAGCUCCGUUCCAAAUUGUCAAUAACCAACUCAAGCCGGAGCAUGUUCCCAAGAAUAUCGAGAAUCUUUUGUCUCUUUCAUCAUUCAAACAGAAUCCUACACCACCUGGAACUGGGAAUAUUAUUUCACUUAAUCUCAUACCAUUUAACGAGGUCAUCCACUUGAUGAACGAUUUUAGGAGAAACUAUGGCCGGUGGAUUUCUUUCCCUUCAAACUUACCCACCGAGAUUCUCAUCGAGAGAUUGACCAACAAGUCUCCUUUAUUACUCACCACUUGUUGUGUUCUCUCGUUGAGAUAUCUGUUCAACAACAUUAAUCCUGGAGACAUUAACAAUUUGGUACGUAAGCGAUUGGUGUUCAAUUCGUUGGUGAAACAGUUAGCCAAAGAAAUGAACUUGAACUUGAUGAGGGUAAACUGUUUCAAGGGUGUGUCGGGAGAUAUAGAAUUGUUGCAAAGUUUGGUGAUUUUAGCAAUUUACUCUUCAUCGUUGACGUCAAUUAUUCUGUCGAAUUGUCAAGCGUUGGUGAAAGCCUCGGGAAAUAACAGCAGUAUGAACUUGAAGGAAUUCAAUUUGAGUUUAAAUGAUUUCAAUCUUGAUCCGUGGUUUCUAAGUGGAUUGGGCUUGAAUUUGUUCGUAUCAAAGGUGACCUUUGGUAGCUUGAUCCCGAAGGAAAACAUAGACUUGAAUGCUUCCCUCAACUCUCCCUUCACUAUUUUAUACGAUGAAGAGUUGGACUCCAAUGAGUAUCAGAUUCUUACCCUCAUGCGUAUUUACAAUCACCUAGUGUUGGUACACAUUAUAAAUUGUGUCUUCAGUGGCAGAAUGUGCAUUGUGGAUGAGAUCAGACUUAAUAACUGUAACAUGACCUUGGGCUUGCCAUCGUCUACCAACUUCGACGGGAGAAUGGUACUGGAAAUCAGCAUUUUAUUGAUAACGUACAACUUUAUUCAGCUCAAUACCAAUAUGGGAAUCAUGUCUUUGGAAGAGUUGAACCUCAACUUGGGUGCAACAAUUCGAGAAAUACAAGCUUGGUACGAUCAAUGGGAAUAUUUAUUACAGCAACCGGCCUUACAAUUUGUGGAAGUAUGCUACAACUUCUGUAAUCUUUUGAUCUACUACACCUACAAUUAUCAAAAGCAUUUGAUCUUAAACAACCUCAGAAAUCUUAAUGCGACCUCCGAUAUGUUCAACGAAGAUAAUCUCAAAUUCAUCAUGAAUAUUAGUUCUCCACAUGACAAAGUUAAGAUGUUUGAGUAUUCCAACAACAUUAUGACAUUUAUCAAUCUCAUCAACAAUGAUUCAUAUUUUGCCCAUUUAUCGGACCAGCUCCAGUUCUGCUUCUACUUUGCAGGGUUGUUCCUAUUGAAGUUCUUGUAUAUUCUCAGGUCGGAGGAUAAUCUUCGGCUUGUGGACCUAUCGGACGUGAAUGAUAUGAAUUCCCUUGGGAAUAUCAAAACCUUAAUUUCCAAGUUCAACAAUAUUAAUAACCUUGAAGUCAAUGACAGUGAUAUCAUCACUAAAUUCAAAAUCAGCUUGAAGCACCAAUUCAAAAAAUUGUUUCCCGAAUUCAGCUAAGUGAUACACGUGAAGCAGCAAACCACAACAAAUUUCAAAAUGCGCAUGUUGCAGCCAUUAUCAUCUGCUUACAGCCACGAUUACACGACGGUUGUGCCCACCACAAUAAGGUUCUUGCUCAACAACGAAUUGCUAUUCUCUGCAAUAUGCCUGAAUUGAGAGGCUUAGACCGGAACUAAGCAAUGGUGUUACUUGUUUUCCUUCCUCCAAGAUUGUCUAUAUAAGACCUGCCAAACUUCCACAAAUUUAUUCACAUCUCAACGAGAACAAAUACUUUAAUAAUGUCUGAUGCUUUAAGUUUAUACAGUUCAAUUGCUGAUGGAGCUAGCUCUGUCGCCGGUGCCACCAGCAACUUUGGUAGCUCGCUUCAUGCUGGUUCUCAUGCUUCUGCCCAUGUCAGUUCUGUUGGCGCAGAGGCUUCUUCUGAUGUUGAAUCUUUGAUAGACAGUAUCAGCAAAGGUGGAUCCAUCACAGAUGAUUUUAGCAGUGCCAGUAAGGCUGCCAGUAAAGCCUUAGCUUCUUUGAGUGAAGAUGCCAGUGACCUCGGUUCUGGAAGUGCUGUUGCCGAGACCAGUCUCGAAGUUUCUGACAGUGCCUCUUCAAAGACUGCUGGAUCCAAGUCCAAGUCUUCUUCUGGUAGUUCUACAUCGGGUUCUGAAACCAGUGGGGGUUUUGGUGCUACGGUUCAAGCUCCAGUGUUUGGCUCAUUGGCAGUUAUUGCUCUUGCUUUGUUGUAAAGGUGCUUGUAAAAGUAUGUUUUGAAUAAAUUUGUUUGUUUGACACAAUGUGGGGCAACCUGCAUCGAAGCGUAAACUUUAUUUAGGGUGGCAUCAGUCGUCGUGAGGAGGCUGAGGCUAUUUAAAGGUUUUUCAAAUUCUCCGAGAUUGCUUGCUGCACUGUAGCCCAGCGCAUGUCGUGUAAGAUUUCCAGUGAUGGCCU